UAUUUUUAAUACAAGGCAGCCGCUCAUCAUGAUCUUGCUGGAAAUCAAUAAUCGGAUUAUAGAGGAGACACUCCUGGUCAAAUACCGCAACGCCCAGGCCGGACUGAAGCCAGAAUCGAUAGACAUACGAAUAGCAGACUUCGAUGGCGUACUCUACCACAUUUCGAAUGUGAAUAACGAUAAAACAAAAGUGAGGAUCAGCAUAUCGCUAAAGUUCUACAAACAGCUUCAAGAGCAUGGGGCUGAUGAGCUGCUGAAGCGUGAAUAUGGCAGUCUGCUAACUGACACAGAAGAAGGCUACAAUGUUUCUGUACUUAUAAAUCUGGAGGAAAUCCCCGACGACUGGGAGCAAAUUGCAAAGAGAAUUGGACUGCUGAAGCGCAACUGUUUUGCCUCUGUCUUUGAAAAGUAUUUCGACUUCCAGGAGCAAGGAGAAGAGGGACAAAAGCGUGCCGUAAUUAACUACCGCAACGAUGAGACUUUGUACGUCGAGGCCAAGGCAGAUCGGGUCACCGUUGUUUUCAGCACUAUCUUCCGGGAUGAGGACGACGUAAUAAUUGGCAAAGUAUUUAUGCAGGAAUUGAGAGAAGGGCGACGUGCUUCCCACACAGCCCCACAAGUGCUCUUCACGCACCGAGAACCGCCACUGGAAUUGGCCAACACGGAUGCCAGAGUGGGUGACAACAUUGGCUAUGUCACAUUUGUGCUCUUCCCUCGGCAUACCAACAAAGAAACGAGGGACAAUACCAUCAAUCUAAUACAUAUGUUCAGAGAUUAUUUGCAUUACCACAUCAAGUGUUCAAAGGCCUACAUUCAUUCCCGCAUGCGUGCAAAAACCUCGGAUUUCCUCAAGGUGCUAAAUCGUGCAAGGCCUGAGCCCAAGAAUAUUGAGAAGAAAACCAUAACGGGGAGAACAUUUAAACGUAUGGAAUGAUGCGUGCAGUAUGUUUAGUUGUUUUUAUAUACAUAAAUAUAAAAAAAUAAUAAUUGUCUAUUCAAAUGCAAGAAGUGAAUGCAACGCGUUGCUUUGCAGCAGAGACAAAUAUGUAGAGAAAAGAAAGUAUUCCAAACUGAAAGUUAAGGCUAAAUGUAAGCUCAGCAAAAUAAUGAACAAAGAAUUAAUAGUUAUUCGUAAAUAAUUGAUAAACUUGUGAGUGUUUUGUGUCGAGCCAAUGUCAGUGUCAGCCUCGGCAAAUUUGUUACAGUCAUUAGCCAGGUCGAAGCAAAUUUUAAACUAACAAAUGAACUAAACUUAAGUGCAGAAACGCAAUGAAAAUAUCAUGUCAUAACAGAUCAAACGAGUGCGUUGCGAUAUUCCAACAACUUGUUAAAUAGUCUCAAUUGCGGGAAACACUUUCCCCAACAGGAAGAGAAGCCCUAAAUAGCCAACUCUAU